AUGAACCGCAUACGCCAGCAAACAUCUGUCCAGGAUUAUAUUGAUCGCUUCGCUGAGCUUGUUGACCAGCUCAAAGCCUAUGAGUCUCCACCCAGAGCCUUACCCUAUGUCACAAGAUUUAUUGAUGGCCUAAAACCUGAAAUCCGUGUUGUACUUCUUGUUCACCGUCCUGCUGCAUUGGAUACUGCGUAUACUUUGGCAUUCUUGCAGGAAGAAGCUGGGGACUCCGCACACCGACAUGAUUCCAGGACUUGGAAUCCGAAGGGCGGUUAUCAGCGUGGCGACCGCCACAAUGCGGCUGACGCUGAAAAGCCGACGAACCCUUCGAAGCCCCUUGACAAGCGAUUGGCUGAUCUUAAGGCAUAUCGUCGCGCCCAAGGACUCUGCGAUCAUUGUGGUGACAAGUGGAGCAGAGAUCAUAAGUGCGCUGCCAAGGUUGGUCUUCAUGUAUUGGAUGAGCUUUAUGCCUUGUUCUCUACUGAUUGUACUGUCGAAGAUCCAGCUACUGACGAUGGGGAGAACUGCAGUUCAUCUUCUUUCAUCAGCACGCAGUUGGUGUCUCAGCUAUCCUUGUCCACAAUUCAGAGUACUGAAGUUUCUGUCAGAAUUGCGGAUGGACAUGUCAUGCGUUGUUCUACUGUUGUACCAGGGGCCAUAUGGACCAUUCACCAGUUUCAGUUUCAGCAUGAUUUGAAGGUCCUGCCCAUUCCUCAGUAUGACAUUAUUUUGGGUAUGGACUGGUUGCAGUUGUUCAGUCCCAUGAAGGUUUUCAGUCUGGAUUCUACAGUUCCAGCACAGUCUCCUGACAUUCAUCCAGCUAUCAGUGCACUUCUUGCUGAAUUUCCCACUAUCACUACUCCACCUGAGACAUUGCCGCCCAAGCGCGCUUGUGACCAUGAGAUUCCUUUGGUGGAAGGAGCUCGUCCUGUCAAUAUUAGGCCAUACCGUUACCCCCCUGCACUUAAGGAUGAGAUUGAAGCCCAGGUUGAGACCAUGCUCAAACAGGGCCUUAUUCAGCACAGUACAUCACCUUUCAACUCGCCAGUGCUGCUGGUGCGCAAGAAGGACGGUUCCUGGCGUUUCUGUGUGGACUACACAUACUUGAACAACCUAACGGUCAAGACUGCUUUUCCCAUUCCUGUGUUUGAGCAGCUGAUGGACGAGUUGGCGGAUGCUCGUUAUUUCUCCACAUUGGAUCUGUUAUCAGGAUACCAUCAGAUUCGUUUACGGGAAGGUGAAGAGUUCAAAACCGCCUUCUCCACUCAUGUUGGUCACUAUGAGUUUCGGGUGGUUGCUUUUGGCCUUACUGGCGCGCCAGGUACCUUCCAGGGAGCUAUGAACACCACGUUGCAUCCCCUCCUACGCCGCUGUGUCAUUGUAUUUUUUGAUGAUAUCCUGGUGUACAGUAGAACAAUGGAGGAACACAUGGAUCAUCUUCGUCAGGUUUUCCAGUUGCUGGCCCGCGAUCACUGGCACAUCAAGUUGUCUAAGUGCAAGUUUGGUCAAACUACCAUCUCCUAUUUGGGUCAUGUGCUGUCCCAUGUGGGUGCCGUGGCCUACAAACUGUUGCUUCCUCAGUCGACGUCCAUCCACCCCAUUUUUCAUGUAUCACAGCUCAAGGCAACGCUCCCAUCUGAUCAAGUGGCAUCUUCCCUUCCUCAGUCCCUGGACGGCCUGCAGAUUCCAAUGAAGGUGUUGCAGCGUCGUGUGCGUACUUCUAACAAUGCUGUCAUCCUCCAGGUACUCAUUCAGUGGUCCAAUAUGCCUCGUUCCUUGGCGUCGUGGGAGGAUUUGGAGGCUCUCCAGCAGCGUUUUCCACGAGCUCCUGCUUGGGGACAAGCAGCUCCUCUUCGGGGGGAGAAUGUCAGCACCGUACCACAAGCUGAGUACAACAAUGCGACACCAGACACGUCGAAACCCAGGAAAGGGGACCGAGCCAGGCGCCCGAACGUCCUCAUCAGCGGACCCGAGUGGGCUUGA